UAGGUACCGAAUUUGUUAGCGGGCGUAGUCCAGUCGGCACAAGCGCUCCAGUCGUGUCCGUUUAUAUUUCGCGCGUCUUCCGGGUGUAUUCGAAAUAAUAUAACGUGCGCAUUUUUGUAGAUACAAAUGUUAUUUCCAUUUGCAAGCACAAUAUUACGAUAAAAUAUAUACAUUAAUAUUAUAAUCGAGAUACCCGCGAAUCGCGCUACACCGUGUAAAUCGUGCCGAAACAUAAUAUAAUAAUAAUAAUAUACAUUAUAUAUAUGCAAUAUACAUAGGUAUAUUAUAAUACCCACGUCGAAUAGUUUGUGAAAAGAUAUUCUAUCACAAUAAUAUAAUAUUUAUCGACGGCAUACUUUGUUGACGGUAGCUGCAGUAGCGAUUUUUCUUUCCCGUUCGUACGCGAAUUAGGACACAUAUACAGGAAAAAAAGAAGAGGGAAAACCCGUUGUUUUUUGUCGUUAUAUUAAUAUUAUUUUAUUCACUCCACCGCCACCACCGUUCGGAAAAACCGAUCUCAGCUAUCGCGUUCAAUAUCUAAAUACAUUCGCUGAAACUUGGUCGCAGUCACUCGCACGGUCGACGUCACAGCCACCCACACGCUGAGGAUUCAUGGAAGUUACACGGUUGUCACUGUGGGUCCUGGUCGCGCUGGCCGCGGUCUUGCAACCGGCUCGCCCUCAGACUUCCAAGCCGAACAUUGUUUUCAUUUUGGCCGACGAUUUGGGAUGGAACGACUUGAGUUUUCACGGUUCUGAUGAAAUCCCGACGCCUAACAUUGAUGCACUGGCAUUCAACGGUGUUGUGCUUAACAAUUUAUACACUCAACCGGUGUGCACGCCGUCUCGAGUGGCACUGAUGACUGGAAAGUAUCCCAUUAAAUUAGGUAUGCAAGGUCCUCCGACUUACGGUGCCGAACCAAAUGGCUUACCGCUAUCGGAGAAACUGUUACCAGAAUAUCUCAGAGAAUUGGGAUACACGACUCGAGCCAUAGGAAAAUGGCAUUUGGGUUUCUACAAACCGGCCUAUACGCCCACGCGGCGAGGUUUCGACUCGCACUUUGGCUAUUACACCGGAUACGUCAGUUACUACGAUUACAUACUUCAAGACGUCUAUCAGAAUUUUGGCGAAUUCCAAGGAUUUGACAUGCGACGAAACGACACUAUCGCGUGGGACGUUGCCGGCAAAUACGCCACUGACGUGUUCACCGACGAAGCCGUGCGAUUGAUCAAAGAACAGCCAGCCGAUCGGCCUCUGUUCAUGUAUUUAGCGCACGUAGCCGUGCACACGGGCAACAGAGGUAAGAAUUUGGAGGCACCGCAGUCCGAAAUCAACAAAUUUAAUCACAUUUUGGAUCCGAACCGGCGAACUUAUGCAGCGAUGGUAUCCAAAUUAGACGAGUCUGUGGGUCGAGUUGUGGAGGCGCUAGCAGAAAAGAACAUUUUGCAGAACACUAUUAUCGUGUUCAUGUCAGACAACGGUUCGCCGUCGUUUGAUAGUUCCGGUCGAAAUUAUGGAUCCAACGUCGGUGUAACAGCCAACUGGGGUUCCAAUUUCCCGUACAGAGGUAUAAAGAACACGUUGUGGGAAGGUGGCGUUAAGAGCGCGUCUUUCAUCUGGGCUCCGCAAUUUCAAGAAAAUCCUCGCGUUUCCAAACAGCUUAUGCACAUCACUGAUUGGUUGCCGACCUUAUACUCUGCUGCAGGAGGAAAUCCAGGAUUUUUACCAAAGAAUCUGGAUGGAUACGAUCAAUGGACAUCUCUCACAUUAAAUUUACCGUCGCUCCGUAAUUUCGUUUUGCUGAAUAUAGACGAAAAACAGCGUUAUGCAGGUAUUCUCAAAGACAACUGGAAAUUAAUCGUCGGUUCGACGGCGAACGGGUCACUGGACGGUUUCUUCGGGGCGACCAGACCGCGGACGCCGUACAACGCCAGCGCUGUGCUGUACAGCCCGACCGGACGCGCUCUCGCCCGCCUGUCGAACUCUCUGCCGUUCGCGGCGGGCGGAAGUCCGCUGAGCGGCGUCCGCGACCUGUUGGCCAUGCGGUACGAGUCGACGAUCCGGUGCAACCCGUCGGCCGAGGGACCGCGGGCCCGGUCUCCGUGCCCGUCCGGGGAGGCGUGCCUGUUCGACCUGGCCUCCGACCCGUGCGAGACCAACAACGUGGCCAAAAAGUACGUGACGGUCAGCGGACAGCUGUACGAGGCGCUCAAGUACUACAGGCGGCUGCUGGUGCCGCAGACCAACCGGCCGUUCGACCCGGCCGCCAACCCGGCCCGGUUCAACAACACGUGGUCCAGCUGGAUGCUGUACUGACGCGGUCGGCGCACUGUGUAAAAUCUGUUGUACUUUAUGUUCCCUAUAACCUGCGUGUAUUCCCUUUUAAAAAGAUUCCGCGGGUAAAUCCGCCUGAAAAAAAAUCAGCCGUUAUAUAGAUGCAUAAUCGAUCCAUAAUCAGCUAUUACCUUUAGGUAUUUUUUUUUUUUUUUUAAGACGGACGAAAAACUCAUUUAUUGAUUGUACGAGCGUUCGUAUUCGUUCCCGACGAUUAUAUACGACAAUUCGAUGUUUUCGUGCGAGCCAUAUAUAGUAAUUAAAAUAUCAAACGUCGAGACGAGCGAUACGCCUGAGGUUGUAGCGCUCGCAUGUUUUUGAACGUGAUCCUCUUCAAAACGUCCCGAUAUCUCUGCACUAGAACAUAAUAUUAUUAUCAUCUGAAACCUUCUUUAAAACCGAUAACGAAAUUCCCUAUAUAACCCCCACGAGGGUUGAAAAACUAAACUUUAGACAAUCAUCAACAACUACGAUAAACGAACGGGUCGAUUAUUGACAAAAUAAUGCGCUGUACAGAAAAAUGUGUCAUCCUCUUGGAACUUUUUAGGGAAAUAAUAAAUGUGUAGUGUUCUUUUUAACAUUGUAUAGUUAACAUUUUCCACAUAGGCUCUCAUACGCGUAGUUUUAAUUAAUAAGUAUAUAUUUUUAUUUUUGUAUAAUUUAUUGAUUAAUUUUAGUACGUGUCCCUAUUUAUUGUACCUACCUAAUGUAUGUCGGACGAAUUCAGAAGAUAAUAAUACUUUUGAAUGUUUUUA